CGCUGCCUGGGUGAACUAUAAAGUCGGCCCUCAGACACAGUAGCUCCACCUUGUAUUGAUGUACAGAGCGUGCAAAAUGCUCCAUGCACUGUUGUUAUUUGUGUUCGCCCUCACUGCCUCCAGUGCAGCCACAAGUGUGAGUCAUGGUGCCCAUGAUGACAAGUGCCCAAUCCUCAUCAAAGUUCUGGAUUCUGUGAGUGGUACACCGGCUGCAAACCUGCACAUCCAAAUGCAGAGGCAAGGUGAUGAUCAAACCUGGCAGCAGCUCUCCACAGCGGUCACAGGAAUAAGUGGAGAAGUCCACAAUCUUACUUCCGAGGAGCAUCUACCAGCUGGUCUGUACAAAGUCCAUUUCGACACUGGUGCCUACUGGAGGAACAAAGGAAUUAACCACUUCCAUGAAUGUGCUGAUGUGGUCUUCCGUGUACCAAGUGCAAGCCAGCAACACUACAUUCUUGCAGUUCUUCUCAGUCCCUACUCCUACUCCUCUACAGGGCUGACUAGAAAUCCACAUUAGAAUGAAUGUGUGGCACCCAGUAAAGGCUGUUCACCCUUCAUAUGUGAAAAUGAUUCAGAAACUAAUAAAUUAAAGGUCAAUGUUGUGAUUUGUGCAAACAAAACUAAAUUAAAACUUUGGCUUGCAUUUUGAAUAUAUUUCUAACUGAUCAUAAACUAAUUAAAACAUUGCUUAGAUAAAAAAUGUAAACUAACACUGAUUUUGUACUUCAACAGGUUAGACGUUUUUGAAUGCUAUUCUUUUUAGCUUAUGUUAUUCUUUAUCUCUGUAGACAUCCAUAAGGGAGUUUUUCUUCAGUAUGUUGUACUCAUCGCUUAAAGGCAGAGUUUUUUUUUAAACUUCUGCCAAUUUAUAUUAGAUGUUUAUUUUA